GAAAAAGCUGACACGAAGCUGAUGAUCACACGCCAUUUUUGUUGGUUUAUAUAAAGUUAAAAGCGAAAACUAAAUAUUUUCUGGCAGAAACAAGUAUCAGCAACGGAGUAACUGUAGGUCGCUAAUAAACAUUAUAUCUAAAUAUAAUAUUUGUGGGAACGUUUGUGUGUGUGUGUCCACCUGUCUUGGCUAUUAUAUAUUUGUAAAAAGAAAAUGAAUCAAGAAAGUUCAAAUGGUGAAUGUCCUAAAGCUGAAAAGAAACCUCGAGCAAAAUGUACAGUUUGUGGUAAGACAUUUUGUAGUGAACAGAGAUUAAGCUAUCAUGCACGAGUUCAUGCAAGAGACAACUCUUUCAGAUGUGAGGAAUGUUUUAAACCGUUUAUGUUUGCCAGUCAUUUGAAACGUCACAUGGCUGUUCACACAGGGGAGAAAAAACACAAAUGUGACAUAUGUAAAAAGAUGUUUUCCCGUACAGAUACUUUGGCAGAACAUAAAAGAUCCCACACAGGAUAUAAGCCAUAUAAAUGCGACAUUUGUGAGAAGUCGUAUACCCAAUUAUCAAGCUUGAAACUUCAUAAGGUAUUACACACUGGCAAAAAACCUUACAAAUGCAAAAAAUGUGAUAUGGCAUUUGCCACAUCUUAUGGUCUGCACCAGCACAAGCAAACCCACACAGGAAAAAAGCCGCAUGUUUGUGAUACUUGUGGAAUGGCAUUCUUACAUUCAUCCAACUUGGUUCGCCACACGAGACGACAUACAGGGGACAAACCUUAUAAAUGUGACAUCUGUGGCAUGUGCUUCACCCAAGGUGGUAUUCUCACCAAUCAUAAGAGAACACAUACAGGAGAAAAACCUUACCAAUGUGAUGUUUGUGACAAAGCCUUUUCUCAGUCAGCAGGCUUGAUCUGUCAUAAGAGAACACAUACUGGAGAGCAGCCUUUUAAAUGUGAUUUCUGUGAUCAGUGUUUUGCUUAUUUAAAAACUUUAAAAGAGCACAUGGUUGUCCAUGUUGAAGAACAAUUAAUCAAAUAGACAUGUUCAUUUUAGAGUUCUAGAUUCAGAGUUUGAAAAGUAGACAACUAUAUUGAGAUUGCUGACAAUGACAACCGGCCAGAGUAUAGCCUAUAACAUAAUUAUGGAUCAUUCCAGAAAACAUCCACGUCUUCCCCAGGUAAGGAAUGUGAAACUAACCCCUACCAUAGGCAGCCCAAAAAUGUGUGGUAUUUGUCUCUUUUAUGUAGUCUCAUUAGUCAUAGCUUGGAAAAGUUUUGAAAGCUAGUGAGUAAAAAUCUCUCGCGCUCGCACAUGGUGCUAGGGCGUUGUUUAUUAUUAUGACAAGGUUGGGAAGAUUUUUAACGGAAAUUUAUUACAACGUUUACUAAAAAUAUUUUGCAAAUUACAAGCAAAAACAAUUAAAAUAUAUACAUCAUUUCAAACACUGGUAAUUUUACUAUGUUCUCCCAAAGUUCUAAAUUCAAAAGCUUAUUCUAAGGAUGUUAAUUUUUUAAAAAAGCGAAUUUUUUUUGGGUUUUUAACAAAAUAAAACUAUGCUGGGGUUACCCACCCUGUGGUGAUGUCAUAUUUUUUAAAUUUUGAUGAAGUGCUGUUGUUACAUGAUGACGUUUUGUACUGGACUCGUAUAUGCAUACCCAAGAGUGAAAGAUUUUCACGUGCAAGCUUUCAAAACUUUCCCAAGCAACAUAAAAGAGACAAAUACCAUGACUACAUAAGAGACAAAUACCAUGCCUUUUUGGGCUGCCUAUGCCCCUACUUCCCUUUAGUCGUUCUAAUACAUUUGCUAUUAUCAGAAGUCCUAAUACAAUUGCUAUUAUCUAUGCUACAUAGUUGUUCACUUGUGUGAAAUGCUGUAAUAAAUGUCUGGAAAAUAUGUAUCAGUAUGACAUUUAGCAACUUUGCUAUAUUAUAGCAUUUGUAAAUUCUGAAUGCUGAUUGGCUAAGAGACGUGUUGACAUAAAUCUUAUCAAUGUCAACACAGAAAAUUUCUUUCUUUGUAUUAUUUGUGCUAUAUUAAAAACAUAUAAAACAUUUUUCCGUAUUGAUAUACAGUUAUAAUAUCAACACUCAUGAAAAUUGGGAAAAAUCAAAAUUGUGUGAAAACACUCUGCCCUCUGUGUUUCCUCACAAUUUCUUGUUUUCCCAAUAUCCACUUGUGUUGAUAUAACUGUAUAUCAACACUGAAAACUUUUAUAUUUGUUAAAAGUGACAUGAAAAAAUGAAAUUGUUUGCUGCAUAGCAACCUUGGCUUCCCUAAAGCUGAUGGUGUUUCGGAAACACUGUUUGUGUUAUGGAGGCUACAGCAUCUGUGACCAAUGUUUGUAUACAUGUAUCUGUUGAUAUUUUAUUACUGUAAGGGCUUGCUUGUGAUGUAAAGUGUAUUUGGGUAUUGUUUGGAUUAGUUGAGUUAUGUUACUACUUAUGUAUUAGUUGGGUUAUAUGUUAUGUAUUCGGUUUAUUUGCACCUCUUGUAAUUAAUACACAACAGGUUAAUAUAAUGUAAGGAAGUGCAAAAAAUGUUAUUUACUUGUGUGAUGCUAUAACAGGAGUAACAGCUUGUAAAAUGUCAAUAAAAUUG